GUAAUCAUUUCCGGCUGAUGUUUCAAGGCAUCAAAACAAGACAUGACAUUUGGUGUGUGCCUCAGUUUUGCGUCACAAAAUUGAAAAUAGUGACUGGCAUAUGCUGUGUCACUUAAUAUAUGUGAUAAAAAAUGAAUUAUUCUAAGUAUUUUAAUGUUUUUGUGAUUUUUGGAUUGAUAGUUUCCAUAGAUUCAGUAAAAAAUAAAAGCAAGAAAAAUAUUGGUUCGUCUGCAACAAGUUCAACAAGUCAAAGCCCUGGCUGUUUUUGUAAGUUGUUUGGGGAGGUGGAUGACUGCACAUGCAAGAUAGAUUCCCUGGAGUCCUUGAACAACUUGCAGGUCUAUCCCAGACUGGACAGCCUCCUGGCUCGAAACUUCUUCAGAUAUGUGAAGGUGAAUUUGAUGAAGGAAUGCCCGUUCUGGGCAGAUGACAGUAAAUGUGCCAUGAAGAACUGUGCAGUGAAAACAUGUACUGCAGAACAACUACCAUAUGGAUUGAAAAAUGCAGAUGGAGAAUGUAAUAAGUAUGCAAAGGAGGCGCAGCCGGAGUCUCCCAGGACAGCGCCCCCUGGUGAGAAGGAUGAGGACUGCUCUGAGCCACGAGGGGACCUGGGAUAUCUCAACACAACCAUCAGCAAGGAAAGUGAAGAAGCAUUCAAAGACUGGACCAAGUACGACGAUGCACAGGAGACAUUCUGUGAGCUAGACGACGACACAUCCCCCAACAUGCAGUACGUGGACCUUCUUCUGAACCCUGAGCGGUACACAGGCUACAAGGGCGAGUCCCCACACCGUAUCUGGAACAGCAUCUACAAGGAAAACUGCUUCAAACCAGCUGAGCAGAGUGGCUACAACUCCCAGUCUUUAACGGAAAAAUCAUUGGAAGAUCUAUGCUUGGAAAAGCGAGUCUUCUACAGAAUGAUCUCUGGUCUUCAUGCAAGCAUUAACAUCCACCUGUCUCACCAAUAUCUGUUCCCAGCUUCAACCUGCUAUGGUAUUGAAACAUGGGGACCAAAUAAUGAUGAGUUUCAAAGCCGCUUUGAUCACGAGAAGACAGAUGGUCGUGGUCCCCAGUGGCUCAAGAAUCUCUACUUCACAUACCUGGUGGAGUUGAGGGCCUUGGAAAAGGCUGCUCCCUACCUGGAACAGGAGGACUAUUUCACGGGUGAUGAUGAGGAAGAUGUCAGUUUAAAGAAGGGCAUCAAAGACUUGCUGAGAGUGAUCAAAGAAUUCCCGAAUCAUUUUGAUGAGAGCAGGUUGUUCAGAGGAAAUAAGAAAGAAGCAAAAGCUUUAAAGCAAGAGUUCCGUGAACAUUUCCGCAACAUCUCACGGAUCAUGGACUGUGUAGGCUGUGAUAAGUGUAAACUAUGGGGAAAGAUCCAGGUGCAAGGGAUGGGUACAGCCCUUAAGAUCCUGUUCUCUGGAGACGGUAUGGGGCCACAGUCCACAGUGUCAGCAGGUUCCAAGCGCAAGUUUCAGCUCAGACGUACAGAAAUUGUCUCACUUUUCAACGCAUUUGGCAGAUUGUCAUCAAGCAUUCAUGCUGUGGAAGAGUUUAGACGAAGGUUGAGUUGACACUAGCCUGAACUGCUAGGGACUUCACACUUCAGACUCGACACUUAGGACUUGGGACUUCAGGCUCAGAUCUGUGACUUGGCGGGACACGUGCAUCUCAAAACACGAUCUUUUAUCUCACAUUGCAUGAUGAUUUGUGCUGUUGUUAAUCCAUGUAGAUAUAGAUGUGAUCAUUGCUAAUUUACAUGAAUGUGUCUGCGAAUUCCUGAUUCAUUUGUCAUCAAAUGUUGAUAAUUACAAAAAAGCUAAAAUAGUUUUGUCCCAUUUAAGUAGGUGAGGGUAUAUUGCUUGACAAAAAUCUGUUCAUCAGUAUAGCAGUAGACCAAAACUUGUCCAAGUUACAUGUAUGACUAUCAAAUCUUAAGACAAAGUUUCUUAAAAUUUGUUAUUUGAUUUAUUGCAACUAAUAAAGGAUCCUGUUGAAAUGUGGUUUCAAAGUCAACACCCAUUUGAUUACAGAAACAUACACAAAAAUGAGACCUUUUCUAUUGUGUAACCUUAGAUGUUUUUUGUGAUUCUUGCGUUAAAUGUAAACUUAAUAAAUAAAAGUAACAAUGUGGAGUUGAUUUCAUUAAAAAAUUGUAAUUGGUCAAUUACCAUUUAA